UUGUUGUUUUACUUCUGUUUCCGAGACGUUGAGGGUCCGGACAGACCAGGCAGCUGUUUCUGCAUGUCUCCCCGGGUCCCGGCAUCACGGCGUCCCCCCCGCAUGAAGAGUAACAGGUAUGCCAAAGGAAAAAUAUGAUCCUCCAGAUCCCCGCAGAUGUUACACCAUCAUGUCAGCUGAGGAGGCGGCCAGCGGAAAGAAGGCUCACUGGGCUGAGCUGGAGAUUUCUGGGCGGGUGAGGAGCCUGAGCAGCUCUCUUUGGGAGCUGACCCACCUGACGGCGCUACACAUCAACGACAACAACCUGACGCGCAUCCCGCCCGACAUCGCCAAGCUGCCCAACCUGGUCUACCUGAACCUGUCGUCCAAUAAGCUCCGCAGUCUGCCCUCGGAACUGGGCAACAUGGUUUCUCUCAGGGAAUUACUCUUAAACAACAAUCUUUUACGAGUUCUGCCUUAUGAGCUGGGGAGGCUUUUCCAGCUGCAAAAUCUCGGCCUCAAAGGGAAUCCUCUGUCCCAGGACGUCCUGAACCUCUACCAGGAGCCUGACGGAACCAGGAAGCUUCUGAACUACAUGCUGGACAAUCUCGCAGUUCACCCUGAGCAGCUUCCUCAAAGACCCUGGGUCACCGUGAAGGAACAAGACCACCUGAGCCCCUCAGCUGUGUUCACAGUCAUGUGCUACAAUGUGCUGUGUGACAAAUAUGCCACAAGGCAGCUGUACGGGUACUGCCCCUCCUGGGCCUUGAACUGGGAGUACAGGAAGAAAGGCAUCAUGGAGGAAAUCACCAACUGGGAUGCAGACAUCAUCAGCCUGCAGGAGGUGGAGACUGAGCAGUACUAUACCUUCUUCCUGGAAAGUCUGAAGGGGCGUGGCUAUGACGGUUACUUCUGUCCCAAAUCUCGUGCCAAACUGGUGUCUGAACAGGAGCGGAAGCACGUGGACGGCUGCGCUGUGUUCUUUAAGACGCAGAAGUUUACUCUGGUUCAAAAACACACUGUGGAGUUCAACCAAGUGGCCAUGGCCAACUCUGAGGGCUCCGAGGUCAUGCUGAACCGCGUGAUGACCAAAGACAACAUCGGAGUGGCUGUUCUGCUGGAGGUCAACAGAGACCUGUUCUCUGGCGGCUUGAAGUCGCCACAGGAGAAGCAGCUGCUUCUGGUGGCCAACGCCCACAUGCACUGGGACCCGGAGUACUCGGACGUGAAGCUGAUACAGACCAUGAUGUUUUUAUCGGAGCUGAAGAGUAUCGCUGAGAGGGCCUGUAGCUCCCUGACCUCUGACCCGUCCGCCAUCCCCAUCGUCCUCUGUGCUGACCUCAACUCGCUGCCUGACUCUGGUGUGGUGGAAUACCUCAGCAAUGGCGGUGUGGCUGAGAACCACAAGGACUUUAAGGAGCUGCGCUACAAUGAAUGUUUGACCAACUUCAACUGCAACGGCAAGAACGGCAACUCAGACGGGAGCAUCACGCACAGCUUCCAGCUGAAGAGUGCCUAUGACAGCAGCCUCAUGCCUUACACCAACUACACCUACGACUUCAAGGGUGUCAUCGACUACAUCUUCUUCUCUCGGACACACAUGAGCGUGCUCGGCCUGCUGGGACCGCUCGACAACCAUUGGCUGAUGGACAACAACAUAAUUGGCUGCCCCCACCCCCACAUCCCAUCGGACCACUUCUCCCUCCUGGCCCAGCUGGAGCUGCACCCCCCACCCCCCCAUCCCCCCAACCCCAUCAAUGGGCUGCACCUGCCGAUCCACAGGUAGGGCAGCCUGAGCGGCCCCCUCCAGCUUUCAAACACUGCCCUCCCAGCAUCCCUCAGGACCCUGUACAGACAACCAGUCAUCCAAAACCACUGGCCCCCUACCACCAAACCCGAGAUGCCCCCCGCCCCCCUAGUGACUGUUGGUUGGAUCAUGGUGUUUUGAGGCUAAAAUCCAACAAACCUUCAUCCUUCCUGUUGAAGGACAGCGGUGGUGCCCCCCCACCACCACCACCACCACCGCCAUUUCUUCGCCAGCAUCGGCGUCUCUGACGAACACGACGCAGAAAAAAGCUUUUUAAAGUCAAACAUUUUUAACAUGAUUUUUAUGAGAAAAGUAAUCCUUUAAAGAACACGUGCUCGUCUGACCCGACCUGCCCCCCCCAUCACUAACUGACCCCCCCAUUGUGGUCUGUGGUCCUUCUGAACCCCCCCAAGUCCAGUCCUGCUACAUAUCAGGGACUCGAAUGUAUUUUGGCCCAAGUCUCCUGGUCUGGCUGACGGCUGCACCGGACUGUGUCCUUCCUGAACCACCAGUUCAACGUCAUGAGGCCCAGAAAGCUUCACAAGGAAACACGAUUUUUACCUGAGCUUAGAUCUGAGCUGGAAUCGACCAGCCGCCCGUCGGCACGGUUCUCACUUAGUGGGAUUCCUGUCAUGUGGACCCACAGGAAGGGGGUCCGGCAGGGGUUGGGCGAGGACAAACGGCUCUUCUUCAUCUGCGGUGAAAUAUUCUGCGGAUCAGGAUGAAAUGCUCCCCAUGGCGUCACAUGCUGCCUUUGCACAUGCUCAGUGUGACUCUUGACCGGCUCCAUCCUGUUUGAGUUAUCAAAAAAGACAAGCCAUGGUUUGGAGGAAAAGGUGUCCUUAGCUUUAAUCCAGAAGCUUCACUUCAGCAGUUUGAGGUAAAAAAACAACCUCUUUGUCCAACUUUGUGAUCAAACUAUGGGCAUUUCUGUCUCCAACAUGCAGUCUUUCAAUUGGUACUUUGUACACAUUAGUGACAUCUCCUUUUUGGGAAAACUGAUCAUAAAUGUUCUAGAUUUAAAGGCGGCGUGUA